CGGCAAAUCGGCAGCCAAACUGGCGCCUCGGUUUUGGGUCUAGCUACCACGGGGGCUAAUUCACAUUUAGUGUGAACCAGCGCCACUGACAAUCAACAACCGCAGUUCCAAAUUUGCGCGAAAAUGAAUACAGUCCUCGUUGUAUUGCUUUUCGCGUCAGCAGCGGCGCUCGUUGUUUCGUCCGAUCCGCUUGAUUUAUGCCGAAAGCGUGUGCCAGAAAUUGCCUCCACCAUGAGGUGCAUUCGGUUGAAGACGACUGUUUCUUUUCGAACUCUGCUGCACAAGUUCCUGGUCAGGAUGCGCUGCCCGGAUGACGUGUGCUUCGUCCAAGCAUGGUGCCGCAAGAACCACAAUGACUUCAAAGGACAAGCCUUUAAGAGCAUGCCGUACAAGUACUUCCUGGAGUUCUUCAACGCUGCCAAGAAAUGCCAGAGCCGAAUUCAUGUGGCCGAGCGGUCCGUGAGCAGCGAGCUGUGGCGACACUUUGUCAAGAUGAUGAGCGCCCUUCUUAUUUAAUUGACGCGCUGGUUGCCUGCCACGAGAACACGUCAAAAAGCAGGAGACCCCUACCUUCAUUCCUGCAGGUGUCCCUCCUUCUAUGUUCCUGCAGAUACCGACUGAAGGUUACAUUCAACUGGAACGAGAGGGUAAAUAAGAAAAUAAAGUCGU